AUGGCCGCCGAAAAGCAACCCCGUACCGGCCUCGCCGUCGGUCUCAACAAAGGACACGUAUGUUCAUGAAAAACCUCACAAAACACAAACCUGCCCGUCUCACCUCUUGGAGGAUCUUCUUUUCAAAAAAAAAAAUUUAGAAGAUGGACCGGCUGAUUUAUGGAAAUAUAGAAAACCGAGACUCGUGUCUCCAAGCCCAAGGUUAGCAGAACCAAGGGACACUUGAGCAAGCGCACUGCGUUUGUCAGAGACAUUGUCAAGGAGGUUUCUGGGUAUGUUAUUCACUUUUUCUUCGACAUGUUUUUCCUUUGAUUAAAAAAUAUGAAAACUAAUUCUCAUCCAAUAGUCUUGCACCAUACGAGCGCAGAGUCAUUGAAUUGCUCCGUAACAGCAAGGACAAGCGUGCCCGUAAGCUCGCAAAGAAGAGGGUAUGCUUUCUCCUUCCACCUCACAUUCCAAUUCACACAAAACGAAUACUAACUCAACAACAGCUCGGUACUUUCGGACGUGCCAAGGCCAAGGUUGACGAGCUCCAAGGUGUCAUUGCCGAGUCCCGCAGAGCCGGUCACUAAAUACCCAAUAUCAUACCCUUUACCACGAAGAAAAAAAAUCAUAUCGUCCCUUCAAUACCUAGGUACAAUGAAUCGAUAUAUGGGUUUAUGAUGGAUCUCCACAUUUACACAGGUCAAUCAUACGGGAAUUGGAGUUGUAACAGUGAAGAAUUUACGUGUUACUGUGAUUCUGGGGAUUGGGAUCUGAAAAUGCUUUUAAUAAUGGCAUUUAUGAGGAUCUCUGGGCAAAAAUAAAAUACCUUCAACAAUUAUUUCCAUUAUCCUUGAUGU